AUGUUGAAGGCCAAGUUCCUUCUUCCUUUUGGAAGUAAUCCUGUGCGGGUUGCGGCUUUCUGCUUCAAAAACCUCAGGAAAAUUCAGUUUGGGAAAUUGGUCGGAGAAGGAGAAGUUUUAGCUGGGUUUAGUUGCAAAAUUGUUGAUGUAGCUCUGCUGGUCAGCGAAUACAAGAUUUUGCAAGAUGAAUUGGAUGUUGUAUCCUAUAGAGUGCUGGGCUAUCUUCUUCUUGGCAUUGUAAGAAUAUACUCGAAAAAGGUUGAAUAUGCACUUGAUGAUUGCAAUGAGAUACUCAUUAAAAUCAAUAAAUUUGUGGGAAAUAGAGAAGACUUUUCCCAUGUGGAAACCUUGCGUAUGUCUGUUAGUAUACCGAGCAAACUACAGUUGGAUGCUUUUGAGUUGGAUUUGCUUGAGGACACUGGCAGAGACCAUACUGCUCCUUCAGAAGAAAUUACUAUUAGUGACAAAGAGGUUGUGUGUAAAACUGGGGGAUUUGGGCUGUUUUCUCAAGAAAAGGGAUUUUCUGUUCCAUUACUAGAAAACCUCUUCAAUAAUUCCAUUUUGAAAACCUCCAAUGUUGAUAGAGCCAAGGAACAAGUAGGGGUCAUGGCGCUUCUUGCUAUCCUGUUUGAGGAGUUUGAUAUCAAUGAAAAUACCUGCUCUUUUGAUCGCGAUAAAGUGGGAAACGCUCAUCUAAGUCAACUGUUGAGUAUGAUGGGUAUUAAAGUUGAUCCAGUUAGUUCACCAGAAAGCAGGGAUACAUUAGAAAACAGCAUGUUUUCUCUGAUGGAACCAAUGAACUUGGACAAUGUUUUAAUAGUAGAGGGACUAGAAAAAGAAUCUGUCAAUUUGUCUGGUCAAGAUCAACAAAUUAUUGAAGAACAGAUAAUUGAAGACAUAGUACCAACUGAUGAUGAAAUAAAUGAAGAAAGUAGUAGAAUCUCUCAAGUUGACAUCAAUAUGUUUUGUGGGAGAGAGGAGGAACAUGUGUUAUCUGUGGAAGAAUUUACCAAAUAUCGUCAAGUUGACACCGCCCAGAGUUCUGCCAAGGAAACAUUUAGCUCAUUAUGCAACAUGAAUGAGGAAGUUAUUGAAGUUCAUGUAGCCAGAAGUUUGGAAGAAAGUAUAGAAAAUCCUCAAGAUAAAAAAUCCCAUGAAAACGAAUGUGUGUACCAUGUCAAUUCAUCUGUUGCCAAUGACAUCCAUGAAGAGCACAUUGAAGGGGCUGUUGAAAAGCGUUAUAGCAACCGCAAAUUAGGGGUUCGAGAAAAGGUUUCACUUGAAGAUGAAAACCUUAGUUUUACUCCAUCUAAAUCAAAAAAUCUAGAAGUAACUCCUCAGUCUAAGUUUCGAGAUGAUUCUGUUGGAAUGCCAAAACAUGGUGCUACUACACCAGAGUCAAUGUUUAUUUCUACACCAGCUGCGAGAGACCACUCUCAGUUUUCAAGGAAAAGAAGAGCUGUUCUUGAUCAAAAGAAGAUUGUCCUGCCUAACAAUUCUUAUUUGGACGUGGAUAUCUUGGCAUUGUCCUCAAUAGAGUGUUACAUUUUGAACCAUUUCAGGGUAAUUAUGAAGAGGUUACGUAGUACAGAAGACAUAGUUCGUAAACGAAGAAAAUACCAUUGUACUUCACUUGCUUGGAAUAGAGAAUCUCCCAUUUCCUGUCAUCCUGAUAUAUUCUAUGAGCCUUUGCUUCCUUGUUGUUCCUCAGAGCUUCAACUCCUAUUCUCUAAAGAGAAAAUAAAAUUACCUGAUUCCCUUAAGAUUAUGGAAACUUCAGGGAACUUAGCUGUGCUAGGGUCUCCAACUAUUGCCACUCCGCGAAGCCCUCCUCAAUUGUCAGAUUCCGUUGAAAUAGAGAAAACUCCAAGGAUGUUAGAUGUAUUUGAAUCUCUGCUUUCUGACAUCCCAAAGCAUGUACCAACUGCUCCACAAACAUAUCCUUCGAGUACACUUGAAAAUGAGUUUCCUAGUCUGAUGGAUGAGGAAAUAAAUUCUUUUGAGGCAGAUAAUGCAAAAUUAGCUGGGUGGUCUGAUCGAACCAGAGUUGUAGCAAAUUACUUGAAAAAGAGUUUUCUACCAGCAAGGAAUCAGAAAGAGAAGAGUGUGCUAAACUUCUCUAAAGUUUUUGGAGGUCGAGCACGCAAAGAAGGGGCAAGGCUAUUUUAUGAAGUACUGGUUCUGAAAACUACUGGCUAUGUAGAUGUGGAGCAAAACGAAGCUUAUGGAGAUAUUGCAAUCUCUAAACUCCCAAAAUUAGACCAAACUUUUUGA